CGGCGGGUCGGAGGGCGGGCGGUGUUGCUGUGGUGUUUGCAGGGCUGGUUAGUGAGUGCGGCGGGCGGCCUGGUUCUGAGCUGGGUUUGAUUUUUUCUUUUUUAAUAGUUAAAGCGGUUGAGCGGGUUUUAUACGUGCGCAGUUUUGCACGGAAUUAUGUCCGUUGUUCCUCCGAAUCGCUCGUCCACCGGUUGGCCGCGCGGAGUGAAUCAGUUCGGAAACAAAUACAUCAGUCCCCCGGCGAAACCGCUCACCCUGGAGAGAACCAUCAACCUCUAUCCUUUGACGAACUACACGUUCGGCACGAAGGAGCCACUAUAUGAGAAGGACAGUUCAGUGGCCGCCCGCUUCCAGCGGAUGCGGGAGGAGUUUGAGAAGAUUGGAAUGCGGCGGACGGUGGAGGGGGUCCUGAUAGUGCACGAGCACAGACUGCCCCAUGUCUUACUGCUGCAGCUGGGAACCACCUUCUUCAAACUUCCUGGUGGAGAAUUAAAUCCUGGAGAAGAUGAGGUGGAGGGCCUAAAGCGUCUGAUGACAGAGAUUUUGGGGCGUCAGGAUGGCGUGAAGCAGGACUGGGUGAUCGAUGACUGCAUUGGAAACUGGUGGCGACCCAAUUUUGAACCGCCUCAGUAUCCCUACAUUCCAGCACACAUCACCAAACCCAAGGAACAUAAGAAACUUUUCUUGGUACAGCUACAGGAGAAAGCGUUGUUUGCUGUGCCGAAGAACUACAAGUUAGUGGCUGCUCCUUUGUUUGAGCUUUAUGACAAUGCUCCUGGGUAUGGACCCAUCAUAUCCAGCCUCCCUCAACUACUGAGCAGGUUUAACUUCAUCUACAACUGAAGGGCCAGUUGCCUGUACGGCUGUCUCUGUGAGUGCAGUCAAAACUGGUGAGAAGACACGAGGGGCCGAGAGAAAGUGACCACAAACAACCAGCCUGUCACUCGUCAGAAUCGACCUGACCCUGUUUCGAAACGUCGUUCUAAAUGUCUUUUUUUGUUUUUUAGUUUUGCAUCUGGAUUUGUCUUCUCUUCAACUGCGUUCUAAUUUUACUCUUAAUUAAACCUUUUGGCUGAAAAGCAGGGUUUUGAGUUUUAUGUUAAGGAAAGUCUGUCUGUAGUAAAUAAAAUUGUGAUUUUUUUUAUCUUUGUAUGUUUUGUCAUUCCUUUUAUAAUAAACUGCUAUGUAAGAA